CCCCUCCCCGCACACGGGCCCGUCCUCCGGGCUGCGGGAGCGCCCAGCGCUGCGGCCGUCGGGUUGGUUCGGGCUGGCGCUCGGGGCGAGCCGCAGCGGAAUGCGGCGCUUUGGCCAAGGGCAGGAAAACGAGCAGCAUCUUGCUCAGAUGGGCUUCUGUUGUGGGUCUGUUCUGCCUUCCGCCAGUCGCCGGUGCAGGGGGGUUGUUCAGGUCUCGGUGUCUCGUUUCCUGGUCUGUGGACUUUGAAAACAAACGGCUGAGACGGUGAAGGCAGACGGUUUCUGUUUCCUUCUGCCAUCAUCAUGUCUCGGAGCCCCUCUGGCAGCUCCGUGGAUGACGAGACCUUUCUCCUGGAGUACCGAUGCCACCCGGUGCGCCCGCAGCCCCCCAGCCCCACGUCCCUGGGCGGGACACACGGCCCUGCCCCGCUGCCCGCUGCCCUGGGCUCUGCCGCCGCGGCCGAGCCGCACCGCGUCGUCCUCAGCACCGACAGCCCAGCUGCGCUGAAGGUGGGGACCCAGCAGCUCAUCCCCAAAAGCUUGGCCGUCUCCACCAAGACCAAGAACAGCCCUUCGCGGACGCAGAGCUUUGGGGCGGGAGGGUCGAGCCGGGAGCCGCGGGGCCCCGACCCGAAGCGCGCGUCCGUGCCCGGUGUCGCUGCGGAGGGGGAGGACGACGACGUGGGGUCCCUCAAGCGCAACCUGAGGAACAUGUCCUACCGCGCCGCCAUGAAGGGCCCGGCCGCAGAGCCGGAGCCGCUGGCCGCCGUCCCCUCGCUGAAACCCGUGUCGGAGGAAGGCAGCGCCCUGCCCGCCCGCAGCCCUGGCAGGAGCAAGAGAGCCUUCGGUCGGAAGCGGGUGCAGAAGCGCGGCGGCUCGUUCAAGGACCAGCCCCGGCUGUAUCAGGAAAUCCGUGAGAGAGGUCUGAACUCUGUCAGCCAUGAGUCAGACGAGGAUUUGCUGGAGGAAUCCGUCCCAGCUGAGCCAUCCCCUCCAGACACCACCAUCGUGGUGCAGACCUAUCGCCCGGCACAGGUGACCUGGAGCCAGCUCCCAGAGGUGCUGGAAGCCGGAAUCCUGCCGAGGAUCUCGCCCGAGGAGCGCCGGCGGCAGGAGGCCAUGUUUGAGAUCAUCACUUCUGAGUACUCCUACAUGCACAGCCUGGGUGUCCUGGUGUGCCACUUCAUGAGGUCAGAGGAGCUGAAGGAGACCAUGACUCAGACGGAGCACCACCACCUCUUCUCCAACAUCAGCGACAUCCUGACGGUCAGCACCAGCUUCUUUGAAGCCUUGGAGAAGCGCCACCAGGAAAACGUCCUCAUUCCUGACAUCAGUGACAUCGUGGAAGAGCACGCCUCCAGCCACUUCAGUCCUUACAUCAGCUACUGCUCCAAUGAGGUCUACCAGCAGAGGACCCUUCAGAAGCUGCUAAACAUAAACCCCUUAUUUAAAGAGACCUUGAAACAAAUUGAAAGGAAACCAGAAUGUGGAGGCCUGCCACUGAUAUCAUUUCUCAUUCUCCCCAUGCAGAGGGUAACACGGCUGCCUCUGCUCUUGGAUACUGUCUGUCAAAAAACAAAAGCGGGCACUGCAGCAUAUGGAGCUGCCACCAGAGCUCUGAAAGCCAUCAGCAAGCUGGUGAAGAACUGCAACGAGGGAGCUCGUGCUAUGGAGAGGACAGAGCAGAUGUACACCCUGCAGAAACAGCUCAAAUUUGGAAAGAAGAAGCCCUUCCCGCUGAUCUCGGCGUCGCGCUGGCUGCUGAAGCGGGGGGAGCUGCAGCUGCUGCUGGCCGAGGACGGCGGCAUCUUCUGCCGCGGCGCCGGCCGCCUCUGCCACCUCUUGCUGUUCAACGACGUCCUCAUCCUAACCAAGAAGAAGAGCGAGGAGAGCUACACCGUCAUCAACUACGCCACGCUGGACCACGUCACGGUGGAGAAGGUGGAGAGCGUGGACCCUCCUUCCCCUGCUGCCGGCAGGGCCGGGGGGCACCUGCUGCGCGUGGCCAUGGAGAAGGACAGCGAGGGCCGGCGGGAGGAGGUCGUGCUGGCGGCAGAGACGCUGAGCGAGCGUGCUCGCUGGAUCACUGCUCUGAUGCACAGAGAGAAGGAGACGCCUGACACCACCCCUAAAGGAGAGCUGAGGCAGGUGGAGAUAACCUGUGCAUACCUGGCCAAGCAGGCAGACGAGCUGUCCCUGCAGCAAGCGGACGUCGUGCUGGUGCUGGGCGAGGAGGACGGCUGGUGCUGGGGCGAGCGGCUGCGGGACGGCGAGCGGGGCUGGUUCCCGCAGCGCUGUGCCCGGCACAUCACCAGCCGAGCGGCCGUGGAGUGCAACGUGCGGCGCAUGGAGCGGCUGCGCAUCGAGACCGACGUGUAGGACCCGGCAGGGACGGGGGCUUCUGCUGGGACCGCUCGGGGGGCUCCAGCCGCUGCGGACCGAGCCCCUGGCGAGAAGGGAGCGGGAUGAGCUGCAGCCACAGGCGGCAGCUCUCACCCCUCAGGCCGUGUCGGUGGCUGAUGGCCGUGAGCCCUGGCACCGAGUGCUCCCGGCCAGCGCCAACAGCCGUGACCUGGAACAGGCUCUGGGAAGCUGCUGGGCUGCUGGCUCGAGUUCAAAGGGCUGUGGCUGUGUUCGGGGCUCGUGCUGCCAUCGCUCUCCCCGCUGCUGGCCAGUGCUGCUGGCAGCGGCUGCACACCUUGUGUGACGAGCCGGGGCACAGGGGCAGCGGAACCCAGUCUCAAGCCUGCAGGAGUUUCAUUCUGUCUGCCAGGCUUAUUCCUUCACACUGUCUGUCCUGUUGACUCUUUCUCUUUUCCCCCUCAAUUACUCCUGGUUCUCUGGAGCACAGCUGUGGCUCUGCAGGGUGAGGGGAUGCCACUGCCUCACCCUCACUCCCUGCACUGGCAGAUGCUGAGGCUGGUGCGGUCAGAGGGGUCGGGGCCAGGGCUGGGCUGCUGCGGGCUCAGGGAAGCCAUGGCAGGCCCUGGGGUGAGGCAGCUCCAUGCUGCCUGGCUUUGGAUUCACAGGGCCAGCGUUGUUGUAAUGUGUCUGUUUUGAUUAAGCUGUUAAAGGAUUAACUGGAUUAGCAAUAAAUUCUUGGAUCCCAAUGAAA